AUGACAAUCUUAAGUAAUUUUGUAAGGAUAAAUAAUUUUAUAAAACCGUUAAUAUCUACUGAAAGAGUUGUUAUAUUGGCCCGUAGAACUCUCAGCAAAAAUGGAAAUUUCGACUAUGACCUGGCGGUCAUUGGUGGUGGGUCCGGUGGGCUCGCCUGUGCGAAGGAAGCUGUAAAUCUUGGUGCGCGUGUCACUGUACUUGACUUUGUGCAGCCAUCACCGCAAGGUACCAAGUGGGGGCUUGGUGGCACAUGUGUCAAUGUAGGCUGUAUACCCAAGAAGCUGAUGCAUCAGGCUGCCUUACUAGGAGAGAGCAUUCAUGAAGCCACCGCUUACGGUUGGCAAGUACCGGCGUUAUCGAAUGUGAAGAUCAACUGGCCAGCGCUUACAGAAUCAGUGCAGAAUCACAUCAAAUCAGUCAACUGGGUCACAAGAGUGGACCUUAGAGAUAAGAAAAUUGAAUACAUUAAUGGCUUGGGAGAGUUCAAAGACCCUCACACCAUUAUAGCUACUUUAAAGAAUGGCUCAAAGAAAGAACUGACGGCGAAGAACAUAGUGAUCGCCGUAGGAGGCAGACCCCACUACCCAAACAUCCCUGGCGCUCUUGAAUACUGCAUCAGCAGUGAUGAUAUCUUUAGUUUGGGACAUGAGCCAGGCAAGACGCUGGUUGUUGGCGCUGGAUAUAUCGGUCUAGAAUGCGCGGGCUUCUUAAACUCCAUGGGUUAUCCGGCGACAGUGUUGGUGCGUUCCGUACCGUUGCGUGGAUUCGACCAACAGAUGGCGCGAAUGGUCACCAACGAGAUGGAGGAGAGAGGAGUCAAAUUCUGUCACAAGUGCGUUCCACUGUCUGUGGAGAAGUUAGAGAAUGGCAAACUGAAGGCGCGUUGGCAGAACACGGAGACAAAUCAACAGGUCGAGGAAAUAUUCGACACUGUACUGAUGGCAACAGGACGAUACGCGCUCACCAAACAACUUAAUCUGGAAGCGGCAGGAGUCAAUUGCGUGACACCCAGCGGCAAGAUCGCGGCAGCCACGGAGCAAACGAACGUGCCGCACAUCUACGCGGUGGGCGACGUGCUGGAGGACCGGCCGGAGCUGACGCCCGUGGCCAUCCACGCCGGCCGCCUGCUGGCGCGCCGCCUGUUCAGCGGCAGCUCGCAGCAGAUGGACUACGACAACAUCGCCACCACCGUCUUCACGCCGCUCGAGUACGGCGCCGUCGGCCUCAGCGAGGAGGUCGCCACUAGCCGGUAUGGCGCUGAUAACUUGGAGAUCUACCACGCAUACUAUAAGCCGACGGAGUUCUUUAUCCCGCAGCGCAACAUCAAGAACUGCUACCUGAAGGCGGUGGCGCUCCGCGAGCAGCCGCAGAAGAUCCUGGGGCUGCACUUCGUGGGCCCGCACGCCGGGGAGGUCAUACAGGGCUUCGCCGCCGCCAUUAAAUGUGGUAUCACUAUGGAACAGCUGAUGAACACAGUGGGUAUCCACCCCACGGUGGCUGAGGAGUUCACCCGCCUCAACAUCACCAAGCGCUCCGGCAAGGACCCCAACCCUGCGUCGUGCUGCAGCUAA